UUUAAUUACAUAGCAAUUUAUACUGUAAGUGCACGACCAGUAAGUCCUUGGCACUGCAGCCUCCUGUGCAUUUGUUAUUUUCCAUUUUAUUUUGCCAGGGAUUUAUUAUUUAUAGAGCAUUAACUUUUUUAUUACUGGGGAGUUUUCAUUUCAUCAACAUAAUUAAGAUCCUCCCAUGCUACACCCAAAAACCUUCACAUUACGUCCUGUCUUCAAGAGCAGAACCAUGAGCUCCCUGUUUGGAAUACUCUGCCUCCUCUCGGCUCUUGCAGCAACAAGUUACUCUUACUGUUUCGGGGGUAUUUCUAUAAGCUCGCAAUGCCCAGCCAACAACAUCACUUGCCCAUCAGGAGAGGAAUGCCCAGGCGGUACUGGUGGAAAGAAUGACUCAUUUUUGGGCAAGUCACCUCCACCGCUAUCUGAAUGUAACCCCUUGGACAGCACGAGCGCGCAGAAAGAAAAAAUCAGGAUAUUCGCAUCACAUUGUAACUCGAAAGAGUGCAAUAUUUCUAGUCCUGCAUGUGAUAAGAUGGCAAAAAUUUGGGCCUGGACAUAUAACUGUGCAUCUAAAUGUAACUUCUUGGGCAGCAUGCGCCUACAGCAACUACAAAUCAGGAUGGGCACGUCAUGUUAUGGCAAUCCCAACUGCACUCUGUUCUCCGCAUUACCAAAUGAAAACUCUCCCCUCAAUGGACUGGGCUGCCCAUCCUGCUUAUCUGUUAACUCUACCUGGUGUUACACUGAUGAAACCAUACAGUGCAGAGGGGAUGAGACUAUGUGUCUUCUUCUGCACACAACACAAGAAUCAGGAUCAAUGUCAACUUCAACAACCUUUCGAGGGUGCGCAACAAUGUCUAUCUGUGAUCUUGGCAGUCAGUCCCAAAAUGAGACCGGAUCAUUCACUGAGGUUAAGAUUAACUGCACGAGAGCCAGCACCAGCGGUAGCAACAGAGGCAGCAUGAGUGUCCAUAAAGUCGUCUUGACUUCAGCCAUUGUGUGUCUCCUGCUGAAAUUGUUCUUCUAGGAUUUUUGGAGGAAUGUGGCCGAAAUAAAUGACAAAGACGUAUA